AUGGCAGCUAAUGACUUUAAUCUCGAUAAGCAGGAGUACUAAUCAGUCUUCAAGGUUUUUGAUAGAGACAACUCAGGGGAGAUUAAUAUUGGUCAAGUCUAUGAGCUCAUUAAUAAAUUUGAUGAGGCUCAGCGCUAUGCUGAUGGUGGAGGUUCAGGAACAGCAGAUGUUUCAAUGAAUAUCGGUGGAAUGAAUUAGAAUAAUAAUGUGGGUGGACUCAAUCUAAAUAAUGCUGGAAAAUCCACUGGUAAAAACAACAACACUAAUGCUGGAGGCAGUAAAUCACCCACCAAAAAGCCAGGUGAUUAAGGUAGAGCACUCGGUGGAGGACUGCAAGUAAAACCAACAGUUUUAGAAGGAGGUAAGAAAUAGCCAGCUUUGAAUUUCAUAACAUUUUUUUCAGCAAACGGUAAAAGUCCUCGUAUGUUGAACGAUAAAAAUACUUCAAGUACUCAAUAAUAAAAAGAUUCUCAGUGGUCAUAGCCGACUCAAAUGCUCUCGGACGAGAUUAACUUUGGCAACGCGCCAUUGAUCAAGGACCAACUAGAAGAUAAAAAGUGUGGAGAUCAGCAGUCACAGCCUACUUUCCCGAACGGAAAAACCACUUUAAAAUUCGAUGAGUUUAUAAACAUUGUGAAAGAUUCCUGUAUGGACAGGGAGCAGGCCGAGAACUAUCUCGUAUAUGCUUUUAGCAUGUUUGAUAGAAAAAAGAAGGGAUUUAUCAAUACAGAGGAUUUGAAAGAUGUAUUCAGUUUAUUAGGCGAGAAUGUCUCUGAUGAUGAAGUGAACACUAUGAUAAAAAUAGCAGGCGUUAAGUCUAAUGAUAAGAUAAACUUCAAAGAGUUCGUUGAUUUCUUCUACAAGAUAGAUUGA